AUGUCUGAGUCUCCAAUUGCAGAAGCACAGGAGACAUCAUUGGAUGGUCGUGCGCAACUAGGUUCACAGGAAAUAGAUGGCGGUUUGGACACCGCGGAGGACAUGGACCAUGUCUUCGUCGAUCGCCCUGAGGCUGAACAUCAGUCCGCUCAGAAAUCAUCCGAGGACCUGCCUGAUAACAGAGCCGAUCCAGACGAUGUCAAUACUGUCCAGCUUUAUACGGAAGAUCCAGGAGCAGGAAUUCGCAGCUCUUCAGAUGACCAAGUGGAGGAGGCCGAUCAUGUGGAGAUUGCUGGCACGGCAAUGGACACCACAGGACUAACGCCUGCACCUGGGCAGCAGCAACCGGCGAAUUCUCAAACAAAAACUGAUACAGCUGGGAGGGAUGCAAAGCCGCCACCAGAUCAGGCGUUGGCCUCUGCCUCUCCGGCUGCUGCAUCUUCUGCUAUCGCGACGUCGACCGUUCCUGGUAUUCAAAUCCCGUCAAGUUUGUCUGUUAGUGCAGCGCAGUUCACAGCAUUCGCUCCUUUGGCUGCAAAUGGGGCUCCCAUCAUGUCUCCCUCCAUGGUAUCAGUCCCAAUGACCGUGGGACGGCGUGCUGUCCGGAUAGCGCCGAUGGGAGUUCUCCCGCUUCCACCGCAGAGCACUGUGGCUACGAGUAUGGUGCCAGAUCUCACAAAUUCUACCAGUGCUGGCCUGGUACCUCCCGCUAGUGGUUCCGAGGGAGCAACCAUAGAAAGUCAUUUGAAUGCAUCGACUGGGGGCGCGGGAGCUAUUAUUGGUGAUAUGCCAAAAGGCAAACGUAGAGGAACUCCAGGUGGUUCCUCAACAAAUCCCGAGGGUAUGACCCCUGAAGAACGAACAAAACAGAAGCGCAUGUUGAGAAAUCGAGAGAGUGCUGCGCGCUCCCGGGAUAAGCGAAAAACAAAGAACAUUCAACUUGAGACCUCAAUAGCGAAGCACACCAAGAAGAACCUUAUGCUUGAAAAGGUUCUUCGCGAGCUUCAAGAUGUUAUUCGCUGCAUGCAGCAGGAGUUGAGUAAUCAAAACGCCCAGCUUUCCUGUUAA